GUGCUAUUCUGUGGCGGUUACGACUUUUUUUUCUGCGAUUUGCAUAUGUAGUAAACCGCCACAGUAAAAAAGAUGAACUAUAGUAUAAGAACUGUAAAGCAUUUAUCAGAAGAAAAUAUGUUGAAGAGUUAGUAGGUGAGAUAUUUAUUUGUGAAGAAAAGAAAAAUCCUCAAUUCUUGACUUAAGGAAGAGCUCUUAUUCAAGAAAGGUGAUUUAUGAAAAAAACAGUAAGAUAAAGCAGUUCUCCUGCAGUGUAAUCACCAGAUGCUUGUCAUAUUAAGAUGAGAUUAACAACAGGCUGAAAAAGAGUGACAUAUUUUCCUUGUUGUAUAUUUUGUCAACAUUCACUUUAUGUAGUGCCUUUACUAAGUGGAAGAAAAAGUUGAUUGAUUGAAUCUCAAGUGUUUAUCAUGUCUAAGGCCCCAAAUGAAAAUCUUAUAACUUACAUUCUUGUUGUGGUUGGUGAUGGAGGUGUUGGGAAAUCUGCACUAACCAUCCAGUUCUUUCAAAAACUAUUUGUGACUGACUAUGAUCCAACCAUAGAAGACUCAUAUAUACAGCACACUGAAAUAGAUGGCCAGUGGUGUGUACUUGAUGUUCUAGAUACUGCUGGACAAGAAGAAUUUAGUGCCAUGAGAGAGCAGUACAUGAGGAAAGGAGAUGGUUUUCUAUUGGUAUAUUCAGUCACUGAUAACCAAAGUUAUGAGAAUAUACACAACUUUCACACUCAAAUUCUAAGGGUAAAAGAUAGGGACAUCUAUCCUAUGAUAUUGGUAGCUAACAAGGUUGAUCUAGUCCACCUUCGAGUUGUAUCAGAAGAACAAGGACGAGAACUAGCAGCUUUGCUAAAGAUUCCUUACAUUGAAACAAGUGCCAAAGAUCCACCUCUCAACGUAGAUACUGCUUUUCAUGAUGUGGUUCGGAUCAUUAGGGACCAGCCACCACCUGCUGAUAAAAAAAGGCAGAGAGAGUGGUGGAAGAGGGAUAGACGGUGUACUAUUUUGUAGUACUGUAAUUUUUUUUAUUAAAAACUUCACAAGUGUGAAGCUUGAAUAGGAGGAAAAUGGCCUAUGAAGUGAGUAAGCAAGUCUGUGUGUAUACAUAGCAGUACAUGUAAUAACUUGUCUGUAGUAUGCAGCACCUCAGCAUUUCUUGAUGUUCUAACAUUUUUUCUCUUUUCACAUCUGUUGUUAAGUAUGCAUCUUCAGUCCUGUAUUAUUCCACUUGAAGUUAGAAACAACAAAUUCAAGUUCUGUCUACUUGAAUACAUCUUCAGGUCUUUUAUCAUAUAUUUUAACGAGGCACUCCAUCUUUUUUUUCAAUAUCUUCUAAUACAAGUUCUCUAGGAUCCUGAAAGAAAGAACUUUUCCAGUGGGAGUUAAGAAAUUUGUGGAAAAAACAAAUACACACACACAUUUUAUUAUUGUUCCUCUGGAGCAGCUCUAAAAAUUGUGAAAUUUUUGUAUAUGAAACUCUUUUUGAACAUUUUUAAUAAUGGGACAUUGCAUUUUGUGUACUAUUGGUUACUUUGCUUUCUUAGGGUCAUAUUGUACAUUAAACUUUCAAGUUGUGACUUCAGCAGCUAGCAACAGAAUAAUUUAUUGAUUUGUUUUCAAAUAUGACUUGUGAAUGAACCAAGUAAUAAAAAUAAAGUAGUAAUUAUUUGAUAAAAUAAGAUAAUUUAGAUACAUGUAGAUUGUGUAUUGUGUGAAUUGUACCAUGAACUUUCUUUAUAUAUAGUAUAUUUAAUUUCAUUUAAAACAUUUUGUCUGUCUGUUAUUCUCAAAUGUAUGAAUGUUAUUGAGAUCUUCAUAAAGAUUGACUUAAUUUAAAUUAUAAAAAAGGUGUACAGUGUUUGUAAAUGAAUGUCAUGUUUUAGAUAUGCUAUAUAAUUUAAGAAUUUUCACUAAUCUACAAUGUGUAUGUGAAACCCUUUUAGUGAGUGAACUGUUUCUUGGUAAGUAACAAGAAAGUGAAUUAAUGAAAAUAUACACCUUACUGAGAAUGCCAUGAAUGUUAUUUAUGAUAAUAACAUUAACAGAGAGGAAAACAGUUGAAGAUAAAUCUAUUUAUCAUUUUAUGAAACUUUAUAAGAUACUUGUGAUCAUAAAAAAAAAAAAGUGGAGAUAAAAAUUAUCCUAAGUUUGAUAUAUUCCGUAUGGGAUUGUUCAUGAGUUACCUUGGACAUAUUAUCCUCAAUACAGUGUCACAUAACAUGUAACUUUCCCUUGAAUAAAUUGAAGCUGCCAUUUUACAUUUAAUGCUAGAAAAAAAGGGGGAGGGAAUACUGUGCCUUUUUAGCCUGGUGGGUAAAUUGCAGAUUCUGCUAAAAAAACUUUGUAACUCUUACAUGAUUUAAAACAACAUCAAGGAAAUUCUGUAACUUCAAAUUAUGGUCAAGAGUCAUAGUCAGUUAUUUUUGGAACUAUUGUAGUGUAAAACAGAAAGCAAGUCGUUAUCUGUGUAAAUAAUUGUAAACUUGCCUGUUUAUUAAUGAAGAAAAAGCCUCCAGCCUGCUCCAUGAGGAAUCCCUUGCAGGUUCCAGGGUGAGUGGGUAAAGAUCAUAUAAAUAAGAUAUUUACAAAAUUAAACACUAAAUAUGCAGUGUUUCCAGUGUUAAAAGUACUAAAACUGAUAUAUGAAAUGUGUCUUGUAGUUGAAUUAUUCUUAAAAAUCUCAUUUGAGAUUGAGAUCAGUAACACUUAAACGAUUAAUUCAUACUAAGCAUAGACUUUUUUCUUGACACAACCCAUAAUAAGUUUUCAAAGGUGGGCCAUUGUUUUUCUUCAGUUUGCAAAAAUUGUGAUUAUAAUUUUUUCAACUCAUUCCACAAAUUGUAUUGUUUAAGAAUUACCACUUGUCAGGUAACUGUGAAAUAUAUUAUGUAGAUACAUACACAUUUUUUGAAAUUGUAUAGAUGAUGAAUAAAAAAAACUAACAUAAAAAAUUCAUAGUAGAUAAAAGCAACCACUUGCUUAUUAAAAUCAAAAGGCAUGUACUUAAAGAACAAAGUUGUGUAUUCAGUGUUUUCACUUUUUUUUGAUUCACAUUAACAGAUAUGACACAACAUACAUUGAUAAUAGUAUUAAAAGCCAAAGACACUAUUUUUAAAGUUCUAUCUUCCUGAUAUUUGUCUGAAUCAACUUUUUUUUUAGCCACGGUAUAAUGGCUCAUAGAAUGGCUCCAAGUUUUUUUAAAAUACAAA